GAUCAACACAGAUGUGGCCGUCAUCUGUCUGAGUGACGCCGAUCUAUCGCAUUGAGGUGAGGGAGGGGACGCAGGAGGGCCUGAUGACAUCAGCAAUGAUAGCCUGUGUGGUUUCUGUGUGUUUGCGGCAGAUUUGACGCCUUUGGGUAUCGUUGUGCGGUUGAGGGAGAGAGGAGGAGAGCGCUCUGUCGUUGGUAUCGGAGACCAUCAUGGGCUGCAGUGCGACCAAGGUACGGGAAGGAAAGACAGCCGCUCGGAUGUUGACAGAUCGAUGAAGCGCCACAAAUCCAUUCACUGAUAUGAUGUCCGUGAUGUGUCUGUCGCGGAUGUGCAGAUCACGUCGGCUGCUGCUGAAGGAGGUGGUGGUGGCUCCAUAGCUGACGAGCCGUCCUCGUCGGCUGCGUCUGCCGCCAAUGGUAACCAACAAGUUCGCUCGAGAAAGGCACGACAAUGCCGGCACACAGCUGUCUGUCUGUUUAUGUGGCGUUUUGCAGGUGCGGUCAGUGCAUCGUCGGCGAACCACCACCAGCAACAGCAGCAUGAUCGCCUUAUCAGUGCCGCUGACGUGCCGCAACACCUCGCCCCGACGGUCGCCGAGUACGUCAGGAGUUACUCACAGCUGGAGGCCCUCAUCGACGCCCAUCCCACCCUCCGCACUCCCUCCCUGCUGCUGCCGAUCCUCAUACGACUGCUGCCCGUAGUGGUGGACGUGCCAGUGCCCCAGCUGGCCCUGGACGUGGCUGCUCCGGCGACCUCCCCUCAUGGCAGCGCCCUCUCCCGAUUUCUCCUGCCGCUCGUGAUGCGUUCGCUGGGGGUGCUGCUGCCUACUGUCGGCCUCGGCUCAUUCCUGAUGCGCAUAAUCCCCCAAUUGCCGCUCCCUCGAUCACUCAGCCACGGCUGCCGCAUGGCAAUCGCCAUCGAGCAGCUGACCCGCCGGCUGAAGAGGCUCGAGAGGGGCGGCGAUUGGGCCAGAUGGCGGCCUCACCUGGAGAUGCUGUACCUGCUGCAAGGCAGGAGGCCUGUGGUGCUGGGUGACGAGAGCUUCGGUGUGUUCGGCAGCCGGGCGGCCUUCGUGAUUGAGACAGAGGCGGUCCGGCAGUGGAAGAUACUCAGCCGGGGCGUCACUGUCACUGAUCAUGAUGGCCGGCACAGACAGGUGAUGGACGGCGACAAGGUGCGCUGCUACAGCUUCAGCCUCAGGCACUGGGGCUAUAGCCUUCCCACCCUCCUCCCCUCUGCCAGCCCCCUCUUCCCUCACGUACCAUUUGACCCCGCCGACCCGCCCACAGAGCGAGACGGCUUGACAUACCGCAGCUACACCUCAAUAAUGGCCUUCGUCCUGUUCUGCUGGCUCAGGUGUGGGGGCCACCUCCCUUGCAUCAGAUCCUGGAUUUCUUGGCGUCGUGACUCUGCUGCAUCCCGGCGUGUGAGGGAGCUGCUGGCGGCCUCUCCCAGCGAUGCGGCACAGUGGGGGGCGGGGGCGACCGUAUUCGACAGGAAGGAUGGGUAUGAACGGCAUUAUCGUUUGGUGGUGCUGGGCAGUGAGGCGGUGGGCGAGGGGCACAUGGCGGUCAUUUGGCUGAGCGAUCGGGAGGGUCAUUCUAAGGAUGUCAUCAUACAUUCAACCGAGCCGGCCCCCCACGACCGCACACGCGAUAUCGUGAUGAGAGGUCUGGGGCCCCACCUGGGGGGCAUCGCGUGGUGGGAGGAGUGAGAAUGCUGAAUGGAUGGUAGCAGCAAGACGAUAGAUUGUGGUAUGUCCUGCCAGUCAGUGCAUGAGGGUCUCGGCCACCACUGAGCAGAUUGUCGAUCAUCGUUUUCAAGCAGCAGACCGACACAGACAGACAGACAGACAGACAGACAACGGGUUGUUGCCCAUCCUUCUAUCCAUCCAUCCAUCCUGUGGUAUGUCUGUCUGUCUGUCUGUCUGUGUGUGUGUGUGUGUGUGCAUUAUGGGGGACGGGAUGACGUGUGUGUGACUGACCACCAGGCGUCCUGUGAAGGGUUGCGUUGAUUGUGAAUGAAUGCUGGAGGGGAGGUGAGUGUGAAGCGACUGAGGAGGUGGAGGAAUGACAAAUGUGACGAUGUGUAUGUGUGUGUGUGAAUUUGUUUGUGAUCGAUCGACCAUUGCAAUGACGGACAGAGCAACUGAUUGUUUGUCCGUCUGAAUGUCUCUCUGACUCGCUGCCGUUCACGUUGCCUGCGCUUCUCUCUUGGUGAUCGAUGAGUGAGUUUGUUCAAGUGACUUCAAUCGACAAAAAAAAGCUGGCUUCUAGUCACCGAAGUGCAUAGAUACCGAGAAGAUCCCACAACGAGAUGAAGGCAGAAAGCCCGUCACGCCACUGCACUCAUCCACAGUGAGAGAGGAGAGAGAGAUACCGAUGAAAUAUACACUAGCAGAUAGACAACAGACGUACCUAUCGCUUCAUGAUCAUGAUGACAACUACGGACAGGCCGUGUGCGGUGUGGUUGUGUAGUCUGUGUGUAUGUAUUUUGUUCUACGUAGAACAAUGACUAUGUGUUCUGGUUUGCUGAACGAGGGGACGCACAGACGGACAGACAGAGAGACAAAUAGACAGACAGAAAGGGACCGUGACUGUCAGCCAGCCUCCAUGCGUCUGUGGGUCUGUGGGUCUGUCUGUGUCUGUCUGAGCUUUGCUUUGGUUUGGUGUGACUGAUCCACUUCCCCACGGACACAAAAGCAUCGCUGGCUACCUGUGGGUGGGGAAUGGCGAAAUCAGCCUGUGGACGAUCGAGUCCCCUGCUGCCGAUCGGUCUCAUCCGCUCGCUGUCCGCUAUCCAGUGUCGGUUGGUGCCGUCCGCCGUCUGCUGCGGCCAUUCGGUCUCGAGCGUGACG